CUGAGCCUCCUCUUCUUCAGACUGAACAAUCCCAGCUCCUUCAGCUGCUCCCUCCUCAUAAGGUCUGUGCUCCCAGGCCCCUCACCAGUUUUGUGAUCUGGUUCACAAAGCAGGGGAAAAGGACAGUGUUGUACUGUGCAUUGAGGCAGGUGAGGUUGAAAGCACGUUGAAGGGUGAAAUUAGGAUUCCAAGCCAUCUUGAGAUAUUGGACAAAGAAAUUAGAAAUCAGCUGGGCAGAAAAAUGUCAGGUAGGUGAUUUGCGUUUUCUUGGUGACCUGUUCUAACAACACUGGUGCUGCACAAUGGAACAGAUACAUGGUGGUGUAUAAACAUUGUCAUCUACAUGAUGUAAAAUAACUGUUCAGCUCUGGCCAGGCAUCAGCUGAAGUAGCAGGUCUGGUUCUGUGCUAUGCUUGUUAGGAAAUGUAAGCAGUUCAGAAAGCAGCAAUGAGAUUGAAGUGAAAUCAAGAAAACAUCAGGACGCAAGUAGCUGAGAAUGAAAUAGAUUCAGUAGGUUUCUGAACAGCAUACUACAAGUCUUCAAAUAUGAAGAGAACAAUUGAGUCCUUUCAUCUUUUCAGUGUCUUAUGUCCACGGUGGAUAGAAGAAAAAUUAAGAAGCUUAGUGAUUCAAGGAAGAUUUAGAUCAGUCACUGAGGAGGAACUAGCAGGAAGAGAUUAUCAAGGCAGGCUCCUGAGCUGUGUGGCAAUUGAGCACGUACCUGUUGGAAAUGCUUCAGGCAGAGAGAAACCUGCCUGCAGAGCCCUGGUACAGCAGGGUGCUGGCCUGAAACCAAUGUUCUGUGGGACCUGGAGCCAGAAACAGGAUCACGGUUUCAGGAAGGGCCCUAAAAGAAGGGCUCUUCUUUCAGAAUUCAGUGCUUCAGUGACCAUGGUUUCUCUUCUGCUAAGGCUCUCCUGUUGUCUUAGAAAAUUAUCAUCCCAUUUACUUAAUAAGCCUGACUUCAAGCUUCAGGCAUUAGCCUGCCAAGAUGAUGCAAACAGCUCUCAUCUAUUUGCUCUCAGCAAGCUUGCCUGCCUUGCCCUCUUCUGUGCUGUGAAACCCAGAAAUUCCACACAAAUUGUAUUUUUUAAGAAGGUGUUUCUAAUAGAGAUGAUUUGGAAGGGAAUGUCGAGCCUUCUUGAAAUAUGGAGGAGACAUUGGCAAGACUACUAUGUUUUCUGUUUGCCUGUGAAUGGGAAAAUGCUAUUCAUGUCAAACAGAGGAUGCAUAAAGUCAUGGUGAUCAUAAAGACGUGGUGGGCAUAUUUAUGCACUGCAAAACUCAGGAACAUGGUCUGCCAGGUAGUGCAUCCCCACGUGCUGGAGGAGCCAUGCCCUAUGGUUGUUCAUCAUCAAUAGGACUGAAAGCCUCUUGGAAAAAAAGAAAGAGUCAAUGAUCUCUACAGUGUCACGUCAAACUUCCAGACUGCUGAUCAUCACAGUGUCAGUCUUUCAUUUUGGAAGUUUCUCUUCUUCCUAGUGCUAGUGCAGGGCUCUAGUGACAGCAUUCAGAGAAGGAAUGGUGAGCUCCAGUGUGAAAAGUGACUGCAAGGGGCUGUGGAAAGAUAUAUCCACCUGGUUUUAUUGAACAAAAAAAACCAAAACAAUACUGCUCUCAAAGUGCUGGUGAAGUCCUUUUGUUGCUUUGUGCGUGGUCCAGCUCCCGCUUCCCUCUGACUUUGUUAGUGUUUGACCGAAUCCCAAUUCCUUUUGAAGAUAAUUAAUUGCAGAACAGCUUAUCCUUAUUAGUGGUACUCAGCACCAACUGAAUUUACCACAAAAGCAAUUACCAGGGAGUUGGUGAUGUGUUUCCUACUGAAAACACAUGGGUUGACUGCAGAAGGAGCUGGGAACUGGUGUUUCCCAUGGCUUUGGACAGCUGGGAAACAUGUUUCAGCCACAAAAACACUCAUGGACCUCCAGUUUUCGCAUCCACAUCCAAUGUCCUGUCCCACCAUCACUGGCCCUGUGCUGAGGAUCACGUAGCACCAUGAUGAGAUCACAUGUUUACCAAAGCCACUCUUGUCACCGUAUGGGAACACGUUUCUCCCUGCCACUAGAAGCUGAGAAUUGGAAGAGGUCAUGAACAUCAACAAACAUUGACCAGAUUUUCUUCAAGUCAUUUUGUUGCUAAGGGAGUUUGUCACUGCCAUAAUAAGCACUGCAGGACUUCAGAACGCACUGGCAUGAACUGUAGAAUCAUAUACUGGUUAGGGUUGGAAGGGACCUUUAAGAUCAUCUAGUUCUAAUCCCCUGCUGUAGGCAGGAACACCUCC